AUGGCUCUUGUUGAAGGAGAAACUUCGAAACCCGUGAAGUCUGGUCACACGAACCGGAAGAUGUUUAUAGAGAGCGCCAUGACAGAUGGGUGGAGGCUGUGCAUCAUCUCCGCGAGCUCACGCUGCGCGCGCUACAGUCGCCACAGCCGGGCGACGAGAGCGACAUUUGAAUUCGGUUUCGCAAAAUUCACGGUUUCUCUGCACGUCAUCUACGAUGUAUCGCCGAUCAAAAUCAUGCAGGGUAUUCGAACUAGGAAGCACAGAGACACAGCACCUGCAGAUGAAUUCUCUGACAAGUCGGAAGAAUCGCGGUCGCAAGACCCUUCCAGCGAGGACCUUGAAAGUAAAGAGACGAGGAGCGGCGUGAAUGUAUGCAUAUUCCCUUGUAACAAUCCAAUCGAACACGUAAUUGCAGAAUGCUAUAGACACGCCAAACAUGGCCGGGGUUUAUCAACAGAAAAUUCGCAUUCAGCUGGGAGUGAAGAAUUAAGCUUGUCUACGUGCGAAAACCUCUUGAGCCAGGUAGCAAAAAAAAUAGAGGAGCUGCAAAGCGAGAUGAAACUCUAUCAGUCUCAUAAUGAACACCUGAAGAAUCUGCAACAGCAGUACCACCAGAUGUUGAGCAAGCUUCAGAAGGACAAAGACGACUUUGAGGCACAUAAGGAAAAAGAAACAAACAAGCUCAAAAGCGAGAUUGAAGAAGAAAAGCGAAAAAUUAGGACACAGAGGCGCAAGCAGAACCUCAGCACAGUCAUCAAGGCAGAAACGAAAUCAUCUGCUCCAGCUGCUAAAGAUAAGUCAUGUCUUGAUUUUCAGAAUGUGAAUAAGGAAGCACAGAGCCAGAUCCAACGAAAAGUCAAUCUACUGACGAGUGAGAAUGGGCGCCUCAAAGACAAGCUCCAACUUGCAGACCAGGAGAAGGAUUCCUUGAAAGCUAUGGUGAAAGAACUGGAGGAGCAAAGGAUCGCUCUUCUUGAGAAGCUUGAAAAAAUGUCUGAGCUGAAGCGAUAUCCAAGCUUAAAUGAGCUGGCACUGUCACCAGCAUCGCACUUUGUCAUGCCUAUGCUCAUACCUGCGCCUAGCUCUCCCUUUCAGGCUGAUGGUACUCAGUUGGCAUUGGAAAGUGCACACGGAGAUAGUAUAUGCAUGGAGGCCAAGAACUGCAAGGAAACUGCAUUUGACUUUGGUAGCACACUGAGCCUGAGUGGCACACCUGCAAAAAACCAGCAAGAACAGACAUCCGAGCCAUCGGUUGUCAUUUCUGCUACUGUUGUCACGCGCCUCUCCCUUGACAGCUGCCUUGUGGGCAGGAGCCCAGUAGCAACUAGUUCUUUAGGCGUUUGCAACAAGGAGAAUUACACCUCUGCAUUGUGCAGCAGUGAUAGCCUUCAGAAAGAAAAGUCUGCCCACAGCCAGUCCUCCAAAACAGUAAGGUUCGCUGCAGACAUACAGACAAGCCAGAGCGAUAGCAGUGUAUUGGACAGCAUUGGUAGAACUACUGUGGUGGACUUGCAAGGUGAACAUGUGCAAAGUGCCUCAGAUGAGUCUGCAGGGCAAGGACUGGGAGAGCUAUGUAUAAGUUACAGAGAAAUCAAUUCAGUCCAGAAGCUACGUGAAGUACCUUUCACAGAAAUGCCUGUAAAAAAUGACAAAUUUCCAGAUUGUAUCUCAAAGGUGACAAAAGUUGGAUUGAUCACUAAGGAAAUACUGACCAACACAUCAUUCAAAAGGCCUUCAGCUGAUGUUUUGCACUGGAAUGGAGCAUCUCAGAUGGGUCUGCACUCUGAUAAGCCUAGUUCAGUGAAUACCACCAGUGAAGAGAGUGAAAAAGGUGCUAAUCAAGGUCUGCCUCUGGUUUCCGGUUUGGUCAGGGAAUGUGAAGUUACAAGAAGAACAGAGUAUAGUGAAGGAUCUGAAAAAGACAGAUGCACAAGUGCUGACAUUCAGGCCACAAGAUGUGACCAAACAGACUUGGAAUCCUGCCAUGGGUCUGAGCAAAGUCAGUCAUCCCGUAAUGAGGAGCAAAUCACUGAAGAAACUGACAAGACAUAUUGGAAGCUGGUUAAAGAAUCUCAACACAAUGGACACACAGGCAGUGAUAUUAAUGUCUCAAAAAAUGGGGAUCACUCAGAUUGGGAGUCUUAUGAAGAACCUGAGCAGGGCCCACUUGUAUAUGGUACUCAAUGUGCAAAGGACACAGAAUGUUCAGAGCUAAAAAGUACUGAAUCUGAUAAUGAAUGUACAAGUGACAUCACUGAAGGGGGUGCUCAUCAUGGAAGCCUAAAUACAGAGGAAGCUGGAAACAGCCUCCGUGAGAUUCUUCAGAAGCUAGGACCUAGCGACGGCUCGUUGCAGGCUCCAAAGGCAAUGUCACAGUGUUUUCUGCAGGACCGCCAAACAUCUCACUCUGCUAAUCGUUGGAAAAGGCCAGCCGAUUUAGCAAUGGUGUCGCAUCGCUCCACAGACAGGAAGGUUAGCUUGCUUAUUAAGAAAUAUACUCAAGUAAGCACUUCAAGCGAAGACACUAGUGGCUUGCCAGAGAACACAAGAGCACGCAAAUCUCAGUCUGCACAGAUUCAGUCUUCCAGCCUUAUGCGUGACCACAGUCCUGAUAAGCACAGCAGCCGCACAUGGGCACUAGAUUCCAAUGGUCAUAAGAUGUUACUCACUGUUUUAUCCAAGGAGAUUGACCCAUUUACUCAAGUCAUCAUCUACAAGUUUCAGAAUGGGGACCAAAAAGAUCUGCAUCCUGAUGGAAAAGUGGUCUAUCACUAUGCAAAGAGUCAAACUGUUCACACAGUUUACCCUUGUGGCAAGAAAGAAAUAAAAUUUGUCAAUGGUCAAGUCGAGACACAUAGUGGGGAUGGAAAUGUUGAGGUGACGUACCCAGAUGGCACAGUGCGUCGAAUCUUCUCUACUGGUGAAGAAGAACAGAAGACACCAGAUGGCAUCGUGGCUCGUAGACUUCGAGAUGGCACAGAAACUAUCGACUACCCAAAUGGCCAGAAGGAGGUUCGCAGUGAACUGUACAGGAGUCGAUACUACCCAAAUGGCACAGUCAAGACCGUUUACGUGGAUGGGAAGCAAGUUACCAGGUAUCCCAAUGGACGAGUUAGAGUCAAAGAAGCUGACGGCACUGUCAGAGGCUAACAGAAAUGAGUCGAUACUCUCCUUCAUCUUUACCACACUAUUUUCCCAUAUAUUGUAUUGUAUAUAUUCCCAUACUGUAUGGCCAGGACAUUGCCUCUUGAAAGUUUUAGUGAUAUUUAUACAUGUGCUGCCCUUUAGUAUUUCCAAAGUCAAUAAAUACAGUGUAAAUGUAGCAAAAUGACAUGAAAGCCAGUACCUAUUAUCCUUCAAUUUGAUGCACAGACUUCCACAAGGGCUCCAAAGGGUCACAGUGCUGUGCUACGUACAAUGCAAGUGCCCUCUCUCUCUCUUUCGUCAAGUUGCUGAUGCUUGACAUUCCUGCUCGUUAUCUUCACUCUUGUUCAAGUGACAUGCAUAAGCUUUGGUUACAUCUCGCCUGAUCUGACUUUAUUUCUGACCGGCACAUUGAAGGUUAUGUGUAUACUCUGUUUCAGUAAUUCCUCACAGCAGAGCCAAAGCUAUGAGGCCUGUGAGCACAGAUUCUUGCACUGUGAGUUAUAGUGCAAUAGUUCGGAACCUUUUGAUUGACUAAAUGGCCUUUACAAGUGGGCUCAUUGGCAGUUGUUUACUUGGAAGCUUCUCUGCACGUUGCAGCUGCGGUUGUUUGCAUGAUUUGUAAAAUAUUUAUUUCUGAAAAUAAAGUCCUCUGUUCGAGUGAAGACGCGCAAAUAAAAAAAAAUCAGUUAAAAUAGGCAUUAACUUGCAUUUAAAAGUUAAAAAAAAUUAUUUGCUUUUACACUGGUCCAAUUUAGGUGCACUAAUCGGCACAGCCUCAACAUUAUGGAGGGCUCCCUCCUGGGUAUAGUGCUUCGUCGUUUGUGAAAAUAUCGUCUGCAGACUCCCCUGUGCGGUACCGUUCUAAGCUGCUCUUUUGCAUGAAAGGAAUAAAGCAGCUGGCAUUGAAUGUGCUUGGAACAGUGCAAAUGAGUGCGGUAAAGGUUGCAAGCACAAACUCUGUAAGUAAGAGAAUGGCUGCACUUAUGAAUGUCAGCGAGCGCACCCUGUACAAGUGGAUGUUGCAUAAGGAAUAGACGAAUGGUACCGCCAUCUUCUACGAUGUUACACGCAGGCUGAGCACUACUUCUGAAUCCUCUGUAUAUUAACUACAGUCAACGACUGAUUUUCUAGACACUCGAUAAGUCGGACACCUUCGCGGCACCGUUAUGUACCCCAUAGAAACAAUGUAUAAGAAUGUCUGAAAUUUAAGACGCAAAAACCUUUUGCCGUCCGUUUUCAGGACUUUUUGCCAUGACUGCAGGUCCCUAACGGUGUUAUCAAAGCCACCACCGCAGCAAUGUUAGGCUUAGCAGCUUCGACGCUCACUACCAACACUACCAAGCUUCUUGCUGUUUGGUGCCGUGUUUUUCAUUGAAAGAAUUCAUCGCUGUCAGCAAUAGCACCGUCUCCGCCUUUGUAAUCCUCGCCAAUGGCUUUAAAGCUCGUAAAGCACGACGCGUUGCAUAAUGCCGGUUCCCAAAAGUCAGUUUUGCCUCAAUACAACAAUGUUACGCGGUGAAGCAUACGCUAAGUAUUCCGGUGAAGCAUACCAAGAGUGGGAAGAGGCAAUUGUAACGGGACACAGAUGUAUUUGCACGUGUGCAGCCGCUGUCUCCUGUCACAGUACGAGCACCGAUACGCCUAUUAAGUAUACUGGCAGGCCUUCAGAGCUAUUUCGGACCUGCCUGUGGCAAUUUGAGCCCUUGGAGGCAAUAAAAUGCAUGCAUUCAUUUUUCCGGACAUUUUCGCGACCCCUAGAAAGUGAAAAAAAUCAGAAGUUGACUGUAUAUCUGAGACACACGCCGUGCACGCCUUUUUGGUAUUGGCGCAAAUUUUCUACUGCUGCUAUCACAGCAGCAGAUCUCGCUGCCAGUUUCAGUGUUCGUGGAUCCUUUUAACGAUUAACGCUUCGCCGACGAUCGAUUAACGCUUCACCGCCUGCGCUGAAGCGAUCGCCGCUAGCAGAAGACAAGGCGUGGAAGAACGCCUUGUCUUUAAGGUGUGUUC